AUGAAGCAAUCAAUCGCCCUCUCGGUCCCCUUAGCAGCCACUGCGCUUGCUGCCCCGUUCAGCAAUACCUCGUCGUGGUCUGGCUGGAAGAAUGUGAAGAAUCUAUUUGUCUUUGGUGACUCCUAUACUCAGACUGGAUUCGAUGUAAAUGGAACCCAGCCCUCCCCGGGUAACCCCUUGGGAAAUCCGCCAUACCCCGGCUGGACCUCUGCCAAUGGCCCCAACUGGGUCGGAUUCUUGACGCAACAAUAUAACGCUUCUACCCUCCUGACCUACAACGUUGCCUACGGUGGCGCGACCGUCGACUCUGCUCUCGUCACCCCUUACGCUCCCACUGUUCUCUCCUUGAAGGACCAAGUCGAGAAGCUCUACCUCCCCAAGUACGGUGCCAACCCAUCUUCUGUACCAUGGGAAGCGUCAGACUCGCUCUUCGCAUUCUGGAUUGGCAUCAACGACGUCGGCAAUUCUUGGUGGCUGAAUAAUGCCACUUUGUACGAUCUCAUCUUCCUAGAGUAUGAUAGCCUGGUCGAGAAGAUCUACGACACCGGCGCGAGGAACUUCCUGUUUUUGACUGUCCCCCCGGUCAACCUCGCUCCAUUGACGUUGGAAAACGGCCCUGAUGCCGUCGAGGGCGAAGGCAAGGUCAUCCUAGAUUGGAACGAGAGGGUCAAGAAGCUGGCGGGUGGAUUGGCCUUGAAGCAUGCGGGCGUCAAGACGUUUGUACACGACACGCAUAAAGUGUAUUCUGAUAUCAUCGAAGAUGUCAACGCAUUCGAGCAGACCGAAGGCUUGAAGAAUGUGACCGGUUACUGCAAGGCAUAUCAAAAUGGUGCGCCAACUUGGUACACAAAAGAUCCAAGCUGCGACUAUGCCGUCAACGAAUACUUCUGGCUCAACAAUCUUCACCCUACGUUCCCCGUGCAUAACGCUACCGCCUUCUCGGUCGUCGAAUACUUGAAGUCUGCGUGA